AUGCCGCGGGAUCACUACGGGAGAUUUGGUGGCAAUGCAAAUGCCUAUGUGUCGGAGCAAAUCCGCAAUGAGAUUCAGCGAUUCGAGAGUGUUCAUCCAUGCAUCUACACGGUGUACGAUUUGAUCGAGCUUAUCCCGGAUCCGCUGCUCCAGAAUCAGCUGCGCGACCAAGUGGUGUGCAUUGAAGAAGACGCACAGCAGCGGUACUUAUUCUUAAGUUGUGCUCUGUUCAUCACGCAGAACUUCGAACAUCUGCCGCAGAUCGUUGAUUUAAAGGAAACAGCAUUUGACGUAGACGAAUAG